AUGCGCAUUCCCACACCCAAGCUCCCAGCUCUAUUCACUCGACCACCAUCUAUCGAAGGCACUGGAGGAGAUAGCCACGAUGAUGGACUCACAUCACGUCGGGCACUAUUCACAGACGCUGUAUACGAGACUGAUCUGCUAGAGGGCUUAGCUACCGAGAUCAGCGAUCCUUGGAGUAAUGGCAUAACUUCACUUCUUAGCGGGACUCGUCCUGAUCAAGAUGUUGAUUACAUACUGCUAGCAGACGCCGACAUCAAGUUCCCUCCCUCCGACUACGGUACUCUUACAUCACCAGCGAAUACAGCGGAAAUAUGGACAUGCUAUUCUGAAGACGUUUCACGUGCAUACGUCUACCUCAACCAUCUCAUCUCCCCUGUUCACCCAAAACUAGCCUCAACCGCCGCUGCCUCUAAAACUGCUCAUACUGUAAAUGAUCUGACAAAUUCAGCGAUCCAAACCAUACUUCGACAACUCGACAACACCACAAUGAAUGCAGCUCAACUAACGCGGAAGAACACGAUUCUACGCGCAACAAUAGCGCGUUACGAGCAGGAGAACGAAGAGUUGGAAGAUAUGCACCGCAUGCUGACCAACACAUAUAAUGCAGAACGACGGCUCUGUUGGUGUGUAGGGAAUGAUGAGGGUGCCUACAGCGAAAGCGUGAUCCAGAGGUACGGUGAGGGCAGAUUCGUGAAAGGUGGACUCCAUAGCUGGGAGAUGGUGGGAGAUGGAGAUGACUGGGUGGAUGAGGCUGCUGAUUUGAGAGCUUAA